GCUCUCGUCGCAAAUCUGUUGAUGUUCUUGACUUCUCAAUGGCACGACUCGAUCUUUUCUCUCCAUCAAUUUCUUCUGGCCUGUUACUCGUCUGGUGGGUUUCUUCUUUGCGAUGGGUGUUUGCUUGUUCGUUAGGAGGCGGGAGUAGUUUUUGUCUUUGGACCGGCUUCCAUGUUCGAGGUUCGCGGCUGCUUUCUCCUAGGUGGGUUUUGGAGUCGUUUCUGGUUUGGUUUGGCUGCUCAAUUGCUUCUCUUGUGAGGCUCGGUGGUGACUCCGGUCAGUUCGUGGUGCGAGAUGGAUGUGAAUUUCAGAUCUGGUUCUUUCACCUUUUCGGGUAUGUUGCUCUGGUUGGCGGAUUCUUCUGCUGAUUGUUUUUGAAUUCUCAGAGUCUUCUUUUUGUGGGGUUUUUGUCUGUUCUGUGGUUGGAUCUUGUUUGAGUGAAGUUUCGGUUCUGGCCAUUGUUUCUCUGCCUUGGUGUUGUGUUUUGUAUCGAAUGUCCUGGAAAAUCUCUCGUGUGGUGAGACGGACUCGAUGCCUUUUGCCAUUGGCUCUUUGCUCAUCUUCUUUAGUUGGUUCUUCUGUCUCAUCAAGAUCUGCUUCGUUUGGAGUUCGUGGGUCGCUAUUUUGCCAUCAUAUGCGGUAUCUCUUCCACUUGAGAUUAUCGUCUUCUCGGGGUUGGUUUGGAACGUUUAAUACUACCCAAAGCUCUAUCAAUUCUUUCAGCAGAGAGAGGAGCUAUUCAUGGGUUUUGAUUCGGUUCCUCUCCACAAGACAAAUAAGGCAUUUGUGCGUCG